CAGUUCAUGAUGGAUCGAACUGCAGUCAGACUAAUUUUCUUGGGCGUCUUUCUCAUCAUUGCCACUUCAGCUUCUGUUAAGAAGAAACAAAACGUGGAUAUUUACAGCUUCCACAUUAACUCUACUGUGACCAGCCGCUAUGCCACCACAGUCAUCACAAGCCGUGUGGUGAACACACUGAAUGAAUCUCAAGAGGUCCAUUUUGAGGUCAAGAUACCCAAGAAUGCCUUUAUCAGCAAAUUCAGAAUGACUAUAGAGGGCAAGACAUAUGACGGGGUUGUUAAGGAAAAAGAAGCAGCUAAGCAGCAGUACACUCAAGCAGUAUCACGAGGACAAAGUGCUGGACUGGUCAAAUCUGUUGGAAGGACUUUAGAAGACUUUAAAACGUCCGUUACAGUGGCUUCUCUCAGUAAAGUGACCUUUGAGUUGACCUAUGAGGAACUGCUAAAGCGUCGUCUUGGCAAAUAUGAGCUACUCAUUAAUGCCCGCCCGAUGCAGCCAGUGGCAGACUUCAAGAUUGAUGUACACAUCCAUGAGAAACCAGGAAUUUCUUUCUUUGAAGUGAAAGGAGAUCUGAGUACCAAUGACCUGGCCAAUGCCAUCAAAACAACCAGAGCAGACAAAGAUGCAUGGGUGACCUUCUACCCCACUCGAGAUCAGCAGACCACAUGUAAAGGUUGUGAUGAAAAUGGGCUGAAUGGUGACCUGCUCAUAACAUAUGAUGUUGAGAGACGAAAUCCACAAGGGGAAAUAAUGGUAUCGAAUGGCUAUUUCGUCCACUACUUUGCACCCACUGACAUUCCACGUAUUCCAAAAAAUGUGGUGUUUAUCAUUGACCGAAGUGGCUCUAUGCAUGGCAGAAAAAUAGAACAGACUCGUUUGGCUCUGUUGAAGAUUUUGAGUGAUCUCGAUGAGGAUGAUCACUUUGGACUGAUCACCUUUGACAGUCAAGUUGAAAUUUGGAAACAUGAACUCCUCAAAGCUACCAAGGCAAACCUGGAGGAUGCCAAAUCUUUCGUAAAGAAAAUCAGAGAUAGGGGAGCCACAGACAUAAACACUGCUCUGCUUAAAGGAGUGAACAUGAUCAAGCAACACCCACGAGAAGGAACUGCAUCCAUCCUGAUACUGCUUACUGAUGGAGACCCCACUGCAGGUGAAACCAAUACAGAGACGAUAAUGUCCAUUGUGAGGAAAGCCAUUGGGUCAAAGUUUCCUCUCUAUUGCCUUGGUUUUGGGUAUGAUGUUAACUUUGAUUUCCUGACACAAAUGUCACUGGAAAAUAAUGGGAUUGCUCGCAGAAUUUAUGAGGAUUCUGAUGCUGAUCUACAGCUGCAGGGCUUUUAUGAUGAAGUUGCCAUUCCUCUCCUCAGUGAUAUUCAACUUAUUUACACUGAAGUGACAAAUCUUACUAAGACCAAUUUUAACAUGUACUUCAACGGCUCUGAAAUUGUAGUCUCAGGUCAAAUCAUGGACAACAGUGUGGAGAGUUUCACCGCUGAGGUCAUCGCAAUAUCUAAAGACAAUAAGGUGACAUACCAAGACACUGUUAAGACAAAAGACCUCAGUGAUGUUCCACCUGAGAAUAAAGAUUUCAUGCAGAGACUGUGGGCCUACCUUACAGUGAAGCAACUUCUGGAGAGACAGGUGCUUCUUAAAGGACAAGAGAAAGAGGAUGAAAAGAAAGAAGCUCUCAAACUAUCCCUGAAAUAUCAGUUUGUGACCCCUCUCACCUCUUUGGUAGUUACUAAGCCACAGGAAGAGGAAGUGGAAGUUGCUGACAAGCCCAAAGAGGGAGGGGAGCCACCCAGACCACCAGUAGCUGUGUUACCCCAUUUAAUGCUCAGUGUUGCUUGGCCUCAUGGUUCACACAAUAUUCCUCAGAUGGGCUUUGCAGGACCAGGACAUCCAAGUGUUGGUGCUGUACAACCUGCAAUCAGUCUUGGAAGAUACAGUUUGGCAACUGGAAAUCCACGGGGUGGUGCUGCACAUCCAGGUGUUUUUGGAAGUCCACGGGGUGGUGCUGACCGUCAAGGGAUUUUUGGUGACGUUGAUUUUGCCUCAACACCGAUCUCUCGUCAUGGUGAUCAUGCUCUCAAAACGGUCCCACUUGUUGACAUGUUUGAAAAAGCUGGAAGAUCGAUUAAUCUUAAACCAGGUUCCAAGGUUUCAGUUCCAAGAGUUAAUAGUAAUCGAUUCUUGCUGCCUGCUGUUGGUCAGCCUAAGCCACUUUGUUAUGAUGUUCCUCUUCCUCACAAAAUCAAACUGCUAGAGGAUUCUGCUUUAGAGUUCUCUAUGAAUGGAGAGUCCAAGACGUCUACACAUGGAUUUUGUCAAAUUGCCUUUCAUUACCAAAAGAACCACCACCUGAUAAUAGACACAACAUCCAUAAGAUACAGUGAUGACCAGAACAAUGUGGAGUUUUUGUGGGACCAGGAACCAACCCAACACAAUAUAGAGGGUGUGUAUCUGAUUCUGCGAAACAAUGAAAUAGAUGUUACCAUGGGAAAUUUCCGUGUUGUUAUUCUCCUUCAUAAGAAAGAUGGGAAUGUGUUUCUGUGGCCUGACAUUCGGCAACAGCCAAAAGAUGUUGGUUUGUCUGGCAUUUUAGGAAAAGGCAAUAUUUCAUAUGAGGAGAUUCAAGGACCACCCUUACCAAUUCUCAAGAUAAUGGACCAAGAAGUGAGGCCUUCUUGGGACCGUGUAACAGACUACAGGUUUCCUUCAACUCCUGUUGUUAGAUGCUGGCUUGUACCAUUCCAGACUGUGAUGGAGGGGAGCAUUUCUAAUUUCACUGUUGCUCAGCUGUAGUCAAAACUACCCACACUAUUUGUAACAUUACAUGUGCACAAAUGAUAAACUAUCAUAACUGGAUAAAAUUAUUCCAUGCAAUACCUAUUUGCUAAUGUUUUAAUUUGUUAAGUAUAUUCUUUGGGUCAUUGUCAUUUUAAUUUCAAUUUACACCCACCUUAGCCUUUUCAUGUAUUCACCAACAUAAGAAAUGCAUAUGGUUAGAAUCUGGAACUAUUUUGUUAGUCUUGUUAGGCUAACUUUGGCCUUUGCUUUGGAAAGUAUUUCUUAACAUUUUCCAUGUUCAAAACUAAAAUGAUUGUGACCAUAAAUAUUGCUAAAGGAAUGUUUCUGAAAGUAAAUCUAAAACCUCUUGUGAUGGAACAAACCUUUGACAGUUUAUAUAACUGUAUUUACACAAACAAUAUAUAUAUAUAUAUGUAUGUAUGUAUGUAUGUAUGUAUGUAUAAAGCAUAAUGUAUUCUA